AGGGAGCUAUUAUGGAUUGUAUAAGUGCAAUUGUUGUCCCGUUAACAGUCCUCGUUAAUUUUUGGUCGCCGGUUUACAUGGAGACCGCCGAGUAUACUGAAGUACCUCUGAAUGAUAGUGAAGUUAUCAGGGUUUGUGAAGCAGCUUUUGCCUUUUACAAAACAAUGCAACCUGCAUUCGACAGCUUUGCUUUUCAUAACGUUAUUAAAGCUGAAAGAAUGAUCGACGACGGAUAUUUGUACAGAGUUACAUUUAAUACCGAGUACGCAGAUAAUCACCAAGACACUAAUUUAUAUUGUAACGCAAUUGUUAAAGAUUCGUGGGAAUUUUCGGAUAAUUUAAAAACUCAGAACAUUACGUGUGAGCCUGCAAUUUUAAAUACAGCUGAAAAUAAAGAAUCGGUAGUAGAAGAAUCAGAGACAGAAACACCAGACUUCUUAUAGUUUGUAACUUUGCAGUCCAUGAUUUGUUACAAAUCUAUUUCCAAUUAAAUAAUAAACCUUGAUUUGAUUUGAAUGAUUUUCAUAUACAUAUUUGUUGUGAAAAUACUCCACUAGUUUCUUAUUAUUACGGAAACAAAGACUGAAUAAACACAAUGCAAAAUUACAUUGUUUCGA